CUGCCUGGCUUCCUGACUAGCAUCCCUGUCCCUGGCUACCCUAGGCUACCUUUUUGCUUAGGGUGGACUCAGUACUAGCUGCGGCCAGGUGAAGAGGCAGUGCCCCUCAAGUGACCUAGAUUCCACAACUGUCUCCUCAAAGCCAACAGGAGCAUGAAGAUGGGUCAGGCCUCAAACCCCCUCAGCACCUCCGCCCCAGUUGAUGCCACGGCUGGGCCCAGUCUCAUUCCAGACCUCAUUACCAGGAUUCCCUAUUGUCUAGAGAGACAUUUCAGGAGCCUGUGCCCCCCACCCGGGCUAGGGCCUCGCUGGACACUCUUUAUUGCCAUCCUUGCUGCUGGAAUCCUCUUAGUCUCCUGUCUGCUCUGUGUCAUCUGUUGCUGUUGCCGCCGCCGCCGCCAUCACAGGAAGCAACCCAAGGAUAAAGAAACUGUGGGCCUGGGCAGUGCACCUAACACUACCACUACUCACCUGGUACAACCAGAUGUGGACUGCCUGGAACCCUGCCCUGGAGGGGACCAACAGUGGGGACGACUCCUGCUUUCCCUAGAGUAUGAUUUUGGAAGCCAGGAGAUCAGAGUGGGCCUGAGGCAGGCUGGAAACCUGAAGGCUGAGGGCACAGCAGACCCCUACGCCUGUGUCAGUGUUUCUACCCAGGCUGGGAGAAGACACGAGACAAAGGUGCACCGAGGGACGCUCUGUCCCACGUUUGAAGAGACAUGCUGCUUUCUGGUCCCACCAGCAGAGCUGCCCAAAGCCACUCUGAAAGUACAGCUGUGGGACUUCAAGAGGUUUACAAAGCACGAGCCACUGGGGGAGCUCCAACUACCCCUGGGCACUAUGGACCUUCAGCAUGUCCUGGAGAGCUGGUACCAGCUAGGCCCCCCAGGGACCACUGAGCCUGAGCAGAUGGGGGAGCUGUGCUUCUCACUACGCUACGUGCCCAGCUCAGGCCACCUGACUGUGGUCGUACUGGAGGCUCGGGGUCUGAAUGCGGGGCUUGCAGAGGCCUAUGUGAAGGUCCAGCUUAUGUUAAACCAGAGAAAAUGGAAGAAGAACAAAACAUCCUCCAGGAAGGACACAACUACCCCCUACUUCAACGAGGCCUUCGUCUUCCUGGUUCCCGUUAGUCAGCUCCAGAGUGUGGACCUGGUGCUGGCUGUCUGGGCCCGUGGCCUGCAGCUUCGGGCCGAGCCUGUGGGCAAAGUGUUGCUGGGUCCCCGGGCUUCGGGCCAACCCCUACAGCACUGGGCAGACAUGCUGGCCCAUGCUCGGCGGCCCAUUGCCCAGUGGCACUACCUGCGGUCCCCCAGGGAAGUGGAUCGUGCUCUCACCCUGCAGCCUCGCCUUCCCUUGUUUAGGCCUCGCUCCUGAAAGAACCGUAGGCCUCAGUUUUCCCAAAUGGAGAGCU